AAGUGUAUAUAUAUGAAUGGGUGCUGAUCAGCAGGGAGUUAGUUAGCGAUGUUGGAGCUUGGUGUUCAUGAAGUCAUCUAGAAGAUGAAGAUGGAAGAGGACCAGGGAAGAAGGAAGAUUUCAGAGGUAGGCAGAGUGGCUUGAUGAUGAUGAUGAUAAUUGGUAUUUAUUAAAUUUGUAUACUGCCCUUCAUCCAAAGAUCACAGGGUGGUUUACAACAUAAAAAUACAAAAUGAGAACACAAAAUACAUAAUAAAAUAAAAUAAAAUAAAAUAAAAUAAAAUAAAAUAAAAUAAACAAAUCAAUAAGCCAAAGGCCUGGUAACAGAGAAAUGUUUUUGCAUGGUGCCUAAAGAUAUGUAAUGAAGGCACCGGGCAAGCCACCAAAGGGGAGCCACCUCAGAAAAGGCGUAUUCUCAUGUUAUUCCCCUCCAGGCCUCUCAUGGUGAGGGCACACAAAGGCAGGCCUCAGAUGAUGAUCACAUGAGGAACCCAGCCACCAAAUACCACUUCAGUUGAAGUUUACAAACCAUUUUCAUUUUUUUUUUUUAUAAUAUUUAUUGUUUUUACAAAAACAAAUUCCAAAAAAUGUGGAAAAAUACAAAAAUUCGACAAACAGAAAACAACAUUACCCAUAACAAAAAACAAACAUAGAUAACAAUAUCCAUAACACAAAAAGAAAAAGGAAAAAAAGAAAAAAAGACAGAAAAAUUUAAAAAGUAAUAUACCUUCAUUUAACCUUUUUAUCAUUACCUAAUUCUUUGACUUCCCGCAUCUCCCGCUUGUAUUUCCAUUUAAAAACUCCUUUCAGCAAAUCCUUACCCUCCUUUCUUUAUCUUAACUCAAAGUUAAUCUAUUUAUAUAUAAAUAUUACAGCUUUAUCCAUCAAAUAUUCCAUACUCUUAAUCACAAGACUUUUGCCAAUACCAGUUAUUUUCAGUCAGACCUCAAUUUAACAUUCAUUAAUUUUAUAGUAUUUCUGUAGAUAGUCUUUAAAUUUCUUCCAAUCUUCUUCCACCGACUCUUCUCCCUGGUCACGGAUUCUGCCAGUCAUCUCAGCCAGUUCCAUAUAUUCGAUUACCUUCGUCUGCCAUUCUUCCAGAGUGGGUAAAUCUUGUGUCUUCCAAUACUUUGCGAUGAGUAUUCUUGCUGCUGUUGUUGCGUACAUAAAGAAAGUUCUGUCCUUUUUUAACACCAAUUGGCCGACUAUGCCCAGGAGAAAGGCCUCUGGUUUCUUAGGAAAGGUAUAUUUGAAUACCUUUUUUAAUUCAUUAUAUAUCAUUUCCCAGAAAGCCUUAAUCCUUGGGCACGUCCACCAAAGGUGAAAGAAUGUACCUUCAGUUUCUUUACAUUUCCAACAUUUAUUAUCGGGCAAGUGAUAGAUUUUUGCAAGCUUGACUGGGGUCAUGUACCACCUGUACACCAUUUUCAUUAUAUUCUCUUUUAAAGCAUUACAUGCUGUAAACUUCGUAUCUGUGGUCCAUAACCGUUCCCAGUCCGCAAACAUAAUAUUAUGUCCAACAUCCUGUGCCCAUUUAAUCAUAGCAGAUUUUACCGUUUCAUCCUGAGUAUUCCAUUUUAGCAGCAAGUUAUACAUUCUUGAAAGUGUUUUAGUUUUGGGAUCUAGCAGUUCUGUUUCCAACUUUGAUUUUUCCACCUGAAAGCCAAUUUUUCUAUCCAGAUUAUAGACCUCUCUUAUUUGAUAAUAAUGCAACCAGUCUCGCACUCUAUCUUUUAAUUUUUCAAAACUCUGCAAUUUGAAUUUAUCUCCUUCUUGUUCCAAGAUCUCCCAAUAUUUUGGCCACUUGGCCUCCAUAUUGGACUUUUUAGGGCCUUUGCCUCCAUUGGUGAUAGCCACCUUGGGGUUUUGUUUUCCAAUAAGUCUUUAUAUCUUAUCCAGACAUUGAACAAUGCUUUCCUGACAAUAUGGUUUUUAAAAAUUUUGUGAGCUUUAACCUUGUCAUACCGCAAAUAUGCAUGCCACCCAAACACAUUAUUGAAACCUUCUAAGUCCAAAACAUCAGUAUUUUCCAGAAGUAACCAAUCCUUCAACCAGCAGAAAGCUGCUGAUUCAUAAUAAAGUUUAAGGUCUGGCAGGGCAAAUCCCCCUCUUUCUUUAGCAUCAGUCAAUAUUUUAAAUUUUAUCCUGGGCCUCUUGCCCAGUUUACAAACCAUUUUCAGAGGCAAUGAAGUUUACAAACCAUUUUCAGAGGCAGUCCUACACAUAACGCUUUGCAGUGAACUAACCUAGAGGUUCAAAUCACAGGCAACAGAAGUUAGGUGAGGCAUCCCCAGCCUGCGGCCCUCCAGAUGUUUUGGCCUACAACUCCCAUGAUCCCUAGCUGACAGGACCAGUGCUCAGGGAUGAUGGGAAUUGUAGUCCAAAACAUCUGGAGGGCUGAAGGUUGGGGAUGCCUGCGUUAGGCUAUCCCUGUCCAGAUAAGGGUGCAGCUGGGCACCAGCCAAAGCUGAUGGAAAGCACUCUGCAGAACCAAGGUCAUCUGAGCCUCAAGCGAAAGCAAAGGAUCCAGGAGUACCCUCAAGCUAUGUACCCACUCCUUCAAAGGGAAUGUAACCCCAUCAAGAGCAGGCAUCCUCCCAGCCAUGUGGUCUAGUGAACCACCCACUAGCUAUGCCUCAGUCUUAGCUGGAUUGAGUUUCAGCUUGUUGGCCCUCAUCCUGUCCAUUGCCAAGGCAGCACAUCCACUGCUACACCUGCAGAUAUAAUGGAGAAGUAGAGCUGUGUGUCAUCAGCAUAUUGCUGACAUGCUCCAAAACUCCAGAAGUUCAGCGGUUUCAUGUGCAGUGGUACCUCAGGUUACAUACGCUUCAGGUUACAUACGCUCCAGGUUACAGGCUCCACUAACCCAGAAAUAGUACCUCGGGUUAAGUACUUUGCUGCAGGAUGAGAACAGAAAUCGUGCUCCAGCGGCAUGGCAGCAGCAGGAGGCCCCAUUAGCUAAAGUGGUGCUUCAGGUUAAGAACAGUUUCAGGUUAGGAACGGACCUCCGGAACGAAUUAAGUACUUAACCCAAGGUACCACUGUAGCUGUUAAGCAGCAUGGUGGAUAAAAUUGAGUCCUGAGGAACCCCACAUUGGAGGCUACAAAGGGCCACCCCCCACCCCAAGCAUCACCCCCUGGGAAAUGACCAUCCAGGACCAGAACCACUGCAAAAUCAGUGCCACCCACCCCCAACUCAAACAGCCAUUCCAGAUGGUGUCAAAAGCUGCUGAGAGAUUGAGGAGAAUUAACAGUAACACAUUUCCUCCAUCUUUCUCCUGACAGAGGUUAUCAUGCAGAGAGUCCAAAGCAGUUUCUGGGCCAAAACUAGGCCAAAACCCCAACUGAAAUGGAUCGAGAUGGCCAGAGACUUGCUGGGGCCAAGUGAAUCACUUGGCUUAGAUGGGAGAGACAAGGGGAGAAACGGGGGAGAAGUGAGAAACAGCUUGGGAUGUUGGUCUCUAGUGGCUGGUAGGAGGACCAGAGGGAAGAUUUCCAGGGCAGUAGAGCGAGACCAGCUUGUGGUUUAAUAGGCCAGUAAAGGGCUGGUGGGAAAAGGCUUCCAGCCCAGCCCUCAGUGACAGUGUUAGUGAAGCUUUAUUGGGGUGCAUAGAGAGAUAAAGGGAGCAUUUUGGGUAAGGAGUUUUUAUAGGGUAACCACCUGCUUCCUUCAAGCUGUCUUAGUAUAUCAUUAAUAUGUACUGUAGCUGAAUAGAAGCUGUUGGUAUUUAAAAGGGCAGUAACAAGUUAACAAAGUGUGUGCUUGUUUAAAUAUGCAGUACUAUUUUAAAAUAACCAGACAAGCCUGUGCACUUAAUGAUCUUGUAACAAAUAAGCAUAAAUACAUUUGUUAAUGGUAACAUCUGGAUCUAGCUGGCUUUCUACCACUCCUCUACCCCACAAUUCCUAGGUUAUUGUUAAGUGCUCACAGGCAAUAAGUGAGACUGAAUAGUAGUAGUAGCCUGGGUCUAGGAGAACCCAUUGGAGUGGAAUUUAAAGUUUGUUAUUACAGAGUAGGUAAGUAAGUAAGUACUACUGCCACUGCCCCAUUGCUGUUAGCUACGCUAUGGUUUGGCUUAGUGUUCUGUGUGAAUCCAGGUUCCUGGUUUAUCUCUCCCAGACAAAUCAGGUGCAUAUUUCAAACAUUUCAGCGAUUUCCGUCCAGACCCUGCUUCCAACUGCAGUAUUCUGGUUAUGGCUGGUAAAUUCUGGAUGUAUGGCAACCCUAAAACUAUAAAACAUAUUUUGGGGUUUUUUUUUCUUCCCUCCCUCCUACACUGCAUCACUUCCUCAUACCAUAGCUGUCAAGUGUCCCUUAUUUGAAGGGACAGUCCCUUAUUCCAGCGCCAUGUCCCGCUGCUGUCCCUUAUUGAUGGAUGUCCCUUAAAUGUCCCUUAAAUGAUGUCCCUUAAAUUUCAAAGGUAGCAGCUCCUCUCCCUCCCUCCCUGCCGGCCAGGGAGGAGGGAGGCUCCAACUGUGUUGCUUGGCUGUGUUGCUCACCCAAUAAGAAGUCUAAGAACGACUGGGGGGUGGAGCUUGCAUGCCUUGUGCUGAUCAAAUCGGCUGCCUUGCCUGGGGACUCGCCUUUGCUCAGCGCUUCCCAGCGGAGAGGUGACGGUGGUUUUCCUCGAGGCUUCGUUUGGCUGCUGGCUGGGCUUUCUGCCUUUGGCUCAGAGGGGCUCAGAAGUUGAACAUGCCUGUGCUGAGUGCUCGGAUCAGAAUCGGAUGGAUACGUCAGCGACGGCCCACUCAUCCUUGCCGGCGAAAAGGUCCGUCUGGAGCGGGGGCACAUGGUGGGGGAAAAGGAAAGGAGAUCUCGUGGGGGGGGGGCUUUUGAAUUUGUUUUGGAGGCUCCUUCGAUUGACUUAUGGGGGGAAAGAAAGGAGCUGGUUGACUAAAAUGGUGCGUGACUGGCGAUCUCGUGGCGAGGGGGGGAGGCUGUGUGUGUGGCUAGUUAAUGCAAGCUGAAGGGGUUUUUGAAUGCUGGACGCCAUUUUGUUGCACGUGCUGCUGCAAACUUUGCAGUGCAAAGCCAGGCCGGGGAGCCAUCUUAAGCUGAGGCUGCAUAGGCCUUGUGGUGCAUGUGAUUCAGAUUCUAUUCAGUUGAACCUCUGGUUACAAAGUUGGUUGGACAGUAUUCUCGAAGCUACCAGCAUGAGUUUGACCAGACUGCAGGAGGACAGGAAGACUGGAGUGCCUGGAACAGGUGAGGCUGCAGGUCCCUUAUUUUGGCUGCUGAUCCCUUACUUUCAAGGCUGCUGGUCCCUUAUUUUCAAAUCUGCAAGCUUUCUUACCGUUCCAGUAAGAAGCAAGUGUUUAGGACCAUGGUUGUAAAAACAACAAGUCAAGAUGAUGAUAUACCUCUCCUGUUCAUCAGCAUAAUUUUCCUGAACGUAGAGGCCUAGAUUGUAGCAACCAAACAGACAGAAAGAUCAUCAUAAUUUUUUAAAGAAAUAGCUCCAGCAGCAAUCUGUUGUCAUGGAAACAAUUCUUCACCUUAAGGUGCUUGGUAUUUGUCUUUCUGUUUAAUGACAUUGCUUGUGUGCCUCACAGCUUCCAUUCUCAUUUGUUCUCUAACUCCAACAGGGAUUCCUUGAGGCUGCUAUAAGUUAGUUCCUAAUUGCUGUAUUUUAUUUCUUUAUGUUGACCUUCAAUAUUUUUUUGUCAAUCAUAAGUGCUUCAUUCUUUUUAGCAUGUCUGUGUUUCACAGUGGUAAUUUUUUAUGCUGAACAGAGAAUAAUUUAAAAUUCUCAAGUGCCCAAUUUCCAAAAUGAGAUGAGGUAAGCUUAUGUUCCCAUUUUAGUGGUGAAUAAAGGAUACACAGAGAGAUUCAUUCAUUGGAGCUAGUCUUGCCAGGGCAGAAAAACUGACUAGCAGCUUUGUACCACCAUAUCUGUUUGACUAACUGGAAGAUGAGUUAAAAUUACAACAGUUUUACACCAUCAUUCGUAAACAGACUACUGGAGUAUAAGGUUCUUUGAUUGCAGAAGUACCUCUAACAGUCUUGGCAUUGCAAUGUAGAGUUUCUCCAAGGCGAUAUAUGCCAGCCCCCUCAUCAAUGGCACACUGCGAAAGCUGUCUACACAAGCUGCUUGAUUAACAAUGGCUCUGAGUACACAAUCAUUUGGAUCAGAAUGCUACAAAACCAUCUGAAACCAACCGCUUGAGACAAUAAUUUUCCUAAUAUUUGGCUUGGUAUAGUUCCUCUUGGCACAGUACGCAUUUUCACAUUGUUCAAGAGCCAACAAGGGCUGCCAUUCCUCUACAUCGUCUGAAUAUUAGAAAGGAGAUAUUUCCAGUCUGAAACCCUCUGCAUUUGAAAUAAGAAAAAAUGCUAUUGAGACCAUUACGCUGCAAAAGUCGAUGAAGAAGCCAGAUAUAUUAAGUGAGUGGAGUCUUUAAUUUGAUUGCGUUAACAACAGGGAUAUAUUUUCUCAUCAUGGGCCUGAUAAGGACAAGGUAAUCCUAUGCUUUGCUUUUAAGAUAGCAUAUAGUCAAACCUGAGCACAGAAUGUACAUCUGAUAUAGGGCAUGGCUUAAAGCAAAAACCGACUGCUGCCAUUUUGGAAUCUUAUCAGACUACCUUUGAUUAAAGUGUGAAUAGAAAUGCUGAACUUUAUUAUCUGAAGGUGGUGGCAGAGAGAAAGUGUGAUUGUGCUGUAAAUUGGCUGAAGACUGAGGCUGCAACAUGGGGCAGCCUUGGCAGGGGCCAUGGAUUAAGAAAAGCCUACUGGCCCCUGAUUGGUCCCCAGCAUGAGUGAAUGUCUUCUAAAAAAUUUAAAAAAGGGAUCCCCCAACCCAGGCUUAGGGGGUAACACCCUUUGAAAACAGAGAACAGCUAGAUUGCACAAGCAUGUGGUAAUGAGCAAAUAUAAAAUCUGGAAGUCACCGGGCCACCAAACCAAGCCACUUACUUCGAGAGGGUGCGGAGAGAUGGCUGACGGGGGUGGAAGUGGGAAUAAGCAAGAAACAUAAGGUGAAAUGAGUGGGGAGAUGUGUGAGGACAGUGGGAAGUGAGGGGUACAUUUGAGGCAUAAAGCAUUGGUGGGUUUUUUUUUAAAGAAAAGCCAGAGGCCAAUGAGGAAUGUUCAGUGGCCAAGGCAUGUUAUCAGUUGGCAAAGAAAAACGGAAAACCGAGGAGAGUGGAAUGGGGUAUCCUAGGGGAUACCUGUAGUCAUGACAUGAACAGAAGCAUUCUACACUGCAGCUUUUAUUUUUAUUUAGUGGGCCACACUUGUUUUGCAACUGCCAAACUGACCUAACAGACCUAUUAGAUGGUAAAUAUCAUGGAGAGUUGUCCUCAGUAAGAGUUUUAGAUGUUCAAAGCCCUCCAGAAUUAAAAUCUCAGCCCACUCUGCUGGUUUUACCCUGGGUACUAAUUAGCUGGACCUAUUGAUGUGGUAGUGAGGUUUAUGAUUGAUAUAUUCAUGCAAUACUGCCCUCUAGUGAGCCAUUCAGUAUCAUCCACAGAAUAAAUAUCAGCUUUGAGGGAAUCAAGCUGAAGUAAAAUGAGCAUUUCAGACUUGGAGCAAUAUUUGGAAUAAUCCUUUAACAAAUCGCAUGACUCUCAGCUAAAGUCAACACCUUUUUAUUUUCCUGGUGGAUUUCCAAUUGAUAAACUAGUCUUCAGACUGUUGGAACAUAUUCUCAGAUUAUAAUGGCCUCCAUUUUGGUACAACCCAUUUCUCCCAGACUUCUGAAGAUGUGAUGAAUGCUGACCCUGGACACGCAUGUUAAAUCAUUCAGUGAGCAUCCUGAGAGCCAAACCACAUAUUACACACAGGCACAUGAAGCUGCAGCUCAGCUCCCCGUUUCUUGUUUCAACAGCCACUUUGUGAGGGUGCAAUUGAUAGGGGAGAAAGGCCAGCAGGAGGCAUGCUUAUCCCUUUCCCCACUCAACAUUUCCUCACUGCAAACAGCCACAGGUGGCUGCAAUUAAAAUGCUUUCUUGGUGCAUCACCUUGGUGCAAUCACCUUUUGGUGCUAUAUGACCCUAAAAACCACUGAAAGGAAUAUAUGAAGAAAAGGACUAGAAGAAAUAAAACAUUUUAGAAAUAUAGACCAGGACUUGUGAACUAUUAUAUAUGUAGCAUUACAUUACAUGCAGCAUUUUACUUGUUACUGGGACUACAGUGUUCUUAAAAAUGUUUGGAUUUCUGCAUCUGAAAGUUGAGACUGCGUAUUAUUUCCACCUUUAAGUCAGAGGUAAGGGUGCUGCCCUUUCUCCCCUUCGAUAAACUCACCUGGGCCAGCUGUUGCCUGCUUGCUUGUCUGCCUGUUGUCAUGCUGGAAGUUGAUGUGUCUUCAUAUUGGCAGCCGCACAAACUGCAACAUGAUGACAGCCUUACAUUUUACAUAUAUAGGAAGAUAGUUUACAGAGCAACCUUAAGGCUGAAGGCAUUAGGCUGCAGCUUAGGUGCCUUUUUGCUGGAGAGGAACAUGGCUGCUGGAGGCUCCUACUAUGCUCAUGCAAGUGGUUCAGAGGGGAGGAAUCUGUGACCCUUCAAAUGUUGCUGGACUACAGCUCAUAUCAUUCCUAACCAUUGGCCAUGCCAACUGGGGCUGAUGGGUGUUUGCAUCCAACACCAGAAAGACUACUAGUCAGUGGCAUAGUGUGGGGGCACCAGGGGGGCCAUUGCCCUGGGUACACAUUGGGCAAACCAGCCACACACACAGAGAGAGAUCAGGUGCGCAAGCGCCCACCAUCAGCGGUGGGGGCUGGGGAGUGCAAAGGGUGAAGAACACUCUCCAUGCCCCGCACCCUCCUGGCAGUGGUGAGGGCUGGAUAAAUGUGUUCCGCCCACCCUGGCACGUAUGCACAUGCUACACCCCUCCUAUAAGUUAGUCAGCUUUAGUGCAGAUAUACUGCUGGUUUUGUUUUCAUUGGGAGUACUUGGCAUUAGGCCACAAAACAGGUGUGGCAGAGUCAGCCUUGGAUUCGUAGCCAUUCUUCCUAGAGGCUCAACCACUAGCUUGGAGCUGGCUUGGUUAUAUCCCUCCCACCCCAUUGUCAGUGCUGUUAAUUUUUCAAAAUGGAGAUCUGCUACGUAAAAUGUCACACAGCCCCCCCCCACCUGCCAUGGCCAGCACAAGCUAGCAGGGCUUUGGAGGACCAUAUGCCACUUCACUGCCCCCUUUUGGCAUUGCUAUGCCCAUGUAUUUUUAUUUGUUAUAUUUUUUAUUUUUCUGCUGGCCACUUUGAACAUUGCUUGAAAAGUAGGACACAGAUAACUUAAACAAAUUUAUGUAGGUGAACUUAGUCAGAAGCUUGGACAGAGAAGAAAACAACUUUCAAUAUGAUUUCAAUUCAGUUUCUUCAUCAUCAGAACACACAGGCAAACCCAUCAGGCGCAUUCUGAGAGGAAUGGGGCACGUUGCUAGUCCCCAUCCAGUCUGGCAUGAUGUGUGUUGUGGUGCAACAACAUCUGUAAUACAUCAGGAACCGCAACUCCCCAUAUUAAGUGACCUAGACCAAACGAUCAUCAUCUGAGGCCCUUCUUUGUGUGCCUCCUCCAGAUGAGGUCCGGAGGGCAGCCGCAAGAGAAUGGGCCUUUCCAUGGUGGUUCCCAACCUGUGGCAUGCUCUCCCCAGGGAGGCUCACCUGGCACCUUCAUUACAUAUCUUUAGGCACCCAGCAAAAACAUCCCCCUUCUCCCAGACCUUUGGCUAAUUAGGCUAUCUAUGGCCUUACAACCUGAGGGGGAAGGGAUUAUUUUGUUUGUUACUAUGUUACACAGUUUUGUGUUUCUAUAUAAUCCAAAGUGAUCUUGGGAUGAAGGCUGAUUUAGAAAUUUAAUUAAUAAUAACACCUGGAGGGCCAAGCAUUCUCCAUCCCUGUUGCAACAUAGGUUGGGGGACAGAUCCACACUGCUGCAACGACAGAACCUGGUGACGAAGGUUGUGCAAAUAUAAUGUUUGAUUGGGAGCAAACCUUGCCCAGUACAAUGGGGCUUGCUCCCCACAGUAAAUGUAAAUGCAAUUGUGCUGUUGUAAGGUGACCUCAGCUUAUUGUUACAGGGUCAUACGCAGGGCCGGGUUUAGGUUUGGCCGUAAGCUACUGAAGGUAAUGGGGCCCUUUAUAUGUCCAGCUGUCCUUUGUCAACAACAAAUUGUCGCUGUUUUUUGUUUUGACUAUAUGCUAAAUGGCAAUUUAUGGACCUAAUAUGUAUCUAAAGCUAUUUGCACAUAACAAAAUCUGUAUUUUAUCAAAGUAAUUGAUGAACUGAAAUGCAACCAGCCCAUGCAGAAUGUAAGCACACUAUAUAUAUAUAUAUAUAUAUACAGAAAUGAGCAAACCAGUGUUAUUUUAGGGAGCAGGCUAGCAGACGGGGCCCAUUACUUGCAUCAUAGGAGCCUACACAACACAAUACACUGUUGCUGUAUGUUGGUUUUAUUUUAUUUGUUUUUUAUCUUAUAUUUUGGAAAUGUGCAUCCAGGGUUUGUUUUCUUUAAAUUUGGGGGGGGCCCCCAAGAGAGUGGGGCCCUAAGCUAUACAGUACAGCUUGUUUAGCUUCUACGUAAAUCCGGCACUCAUACGGAAACAAACGAGCACCCCUAUAAAAACAAAGGCAGUUGGCAGCAGUUGAGCCAAUGCCUUGGUCUCGCGCGAGGUCGGGGCGGUUUCCAUAGCAACGCAGGCCGAAGCAGCCGUUGAGCGCGAGCUCUCCUACAGGCUGCAGAGCGGCGGCGCCGUGAGCGGAGCGCGAGAGCAGAGCGGGCGCCUCGCCGUGAGCGCCUCCGACUCAAGUUCGCUCCGCAGGAAGUGCUUGCGAGCGCGCUCCCUUUCUUUUCCCCGGAAGAAAUUCCCGGUGCUCCUCGUGCGCAGGCCGGAUCGGAUGCUUGCUGCCGUUGCGGCUGAGGGGAGAGGAGCGGGAAACGGGCCCGGCCGUUGCCUUACCUGAGAGAAGACCUUGAAAUACGGUCUGUGUCUGACCUUUCGAGCGGCCCCCGUUCUCCCUCUCCGCGGCGCCUGGACCGCCAGGGCGACGCAAAACGGGCUCGGAAGGACAGGCGCUUCCCUCCCUGCCCCCUCCUUCCUUGUAAGACACGAGAAACUUUUCUUUUUUGCUAUUCCAUUCGAACUUCGGUACUAUUUCAGUAGUUAACUUUUCCGGGUUUGUGGGUGUCACUCUUGGGAAGUUGUGGAUAUUUCAGUUUUAUCGUCGUCGUUCUAAAAAAUAAGGUAGCAUCAUUUCUAUCACACACACACACACACACACACACACACACACACAGGUUUGAAAGGAAUUCUCCGUGUGUCUCAUCUCAAGUUAAACGUACUUUGGCAUUACCUCGGGCCAGGAUAUUUUAUAUGCCACGAUUCAUCCACAUUUAAGCAUUUUAAACCCAUUUAUUCAAAUAGGAACAGACUUAACAAUAUGCUUACCUUCAUUAUGAGAAAAUCAGUGCUUAGCUUGGAUCAUUUUUUUUUAGGUAUACUCUUCUGCAAGACUCAGUGGUUCAUGUACUGUAUAUAGUAUUAAUUUUAUUAAUGUUUGAUUUGUUUUUAAUGAUUUUAAAAUGUUUUUAGUGAUUCUUGUUUUUACAGUAUCUGUAACCAGCCUUGAGUCCCGUCAGGGUAAACCGUGGGGUAUAAAUAAAUAUGUAAUGAUAAUUCAUUGUGUUACUUGUUUUUGCUGUUAUACUGUGACUAGUAGCUGUAACUGCUUUUAAGUCCCAUUAGUAUUAGUGAAAGGCUUAAACAUAUUUUUAAACAUUUUAUGUGCACACAUGAAUAGAAGAAGUUCCACUAUGUCUAGUGGGACUCACAAAGUUCUAAAGUUUCUCCCAGCCAGAAUAGAAUGUGGCAGCAGGUUUUUUUUAUUUAUUUAAACCAUUUAUAGACUUUCUUCUGUUAUAAAAACAACAGGGUGGUUUGCAAAAUAAAGCCAAGGCAAUAACAUUUAUAAACAGAUUUCCAAAGUUCAAGUGUACUGGUACUAGGGAUCAUUGCCCAGGGAUGCUGGCAUGAAGUUUUUAGCAGCUGGUGCAACACCUGCACCAUAGAUGCCUGGCACAUCUCUAAAAGUUGGUAGUUACACAGUGUGGAGCCAACCACAGAGAAAGUUCUCCUUUCAUUCACCAUAUGGUGUACUUCCACUGGACAUAUUACAGCUAGAAGAGCUUCUGAUGAUAACUUUAGUGAGUGAGCUGGGCAGUAUGGAAGGAAGGAGUUCAAAGGUAAUCUAGCUAGCACCAAGCUGUGCAAGACCUUGUAAGUCUAUGGGAAAACUUUUGAAGUAUUUGGUUGUGUUUUUAGUUGUGCCUGCUCCACACUGGGGCAGCAGUGGACCUGGACUGGGUCCCUCUUUGGGGCUUAACUGGCUUAGGAUUCAGUAGGGCCUUCGCCAGCCUAGGUUCAUCCUAGUAGGGCCCCAAUUCAAUUACUUUUGCAUAUUAAUUCCAUUUAUUUGGGUGUGUAACUCAGUGUAUAUUUCCGCCAUGUUGAAUGCUACCUCCUCUUAAGUGACUGUACCUAGGAGUGCUGAGUUUGGCUGUAAUUUGGCAUGAAGCAAUAUGAAAUAGAAAGCUGUUGCUAAAUAAAGAUUGCUAGUAUCCAAUAUAUGUUUUAUUGGGCUAUCUAUUUAUCAGGUUUCACAGAGGUUUAUUUUUUGUGCAAGUAUCUGAAUAAGCAGAUAAGUGGGAAUAAUUAAAAUAGAAGUGAAACACAAUCCUGUGUUUAUAGAGUGCUAUUGUCAGAGGAGCCUUAUCCUUGUAUUAAUUUGCAAAGCCCUGAACUACUUGGGUCUAGGAUACCUCAGGAAUCGCCUGAACCCUUCUAUCCUAGCUCGAUCACUGAGAUAAUCUGCAGGAGCAUUGUUUCUCAUUCCUCGAGUUGGCGAGGCUCACUUUAUAACAACAUGAAAUAGAACCUGUCGUGUCAUUGUCCCAGUAUUGUGGAAUGCCCUGCCAAUAGACAUUCAGCAGAUGCUUGCUGUUUUAACUUUUGAAUGCCUGCUGAAAACAUCUUUAUUCUGCCAGGCCUAUGCAAGAAAUUAAGAAUACACUUUUAUACAAUGGUUAAUUUAUACCUGUUACUAACUUUUUAAUACAGGCAACUUCCCAUUUAUGCACAUUCAAUAUGUGUGUGACAGCACUAACAAGCAUCAGCCCAAACCCAGAAGUGACCUGAAAAUGUCACAAAAUAGGGCAGAGGUGGAAUGGGUGUUUGCAGGCUUUUUCAGUGGUGUACCUCAGAACGUAACCCCCACAUAAAUGGGGGGGGGUUGCCUGUAUGCUUUUACUGGAUGGUUUUAUGUAUUUUUGUUGUAAACUGCUUUAAUCCUUUUAAUGAAAUAGUGGUCUAUAAAUAUUUUAAAAAUAAAUAAAAAUAAAUUAUCUUGAGAUUAUGACAAGUAUCUACUUGCUUGAAAUUUAGGCAGCAAUCCUGUGAAUGCAAAUUACUUCCAAAUUAGUCCAUCGAAUUCAAUGGGAUCAGAUGGCUCUACUUAAAAAGAUGUGCUGUUUGUUACAAAAACACCUUUUAAAUCAUAAUACGCCUAUAAAUAGGGAAGAAGUAAUGGCUUUGGAAUCUGUACUGUUUACUGUUUCAAAUACCUCAACAUGUGAAUUACUUGAAUUACAUUUGCUGAUUUGCUUAAAGACUUAUUGUCCUUUACAGAAGUUCUUCUAAAACAUAAGCCUCUGUGCAGGCCAUAUAUGCUACCAGAAUGUCUGGAGUUGAAGAUGCUGCUGCUGUGCUAUCUGAAGUGAACAUUGGUGAUUCAUGCAAGCCGUUAGAUGAGCACAGAGAAGCCAAUCCUGAUGCAACCCCUAAAGAUAUUGUGGUCACUAUUGGAGCUACUGUGCCAACUGGCUUUGAGCUAACUGCAGCGGAUGAAGUACAAGAGAAGCUAGCAUCAAAGUCUACAAUUAGCAAGGACCGAGGGAAAAUCUAUUUUGAAAUUCCCGUAACCAGCCUUCCAAAGGUUUGCAGAUUUUAUUAUUUGAAUAAUAUAUCCUGUUAACUAUUUGAUUGAUUGAGGGUGUUGUACUCCUUGCAGUUAUUGAUAUAUACAUUUCCUUCAUUGUAGUAAACUGUAGAAGUGCAAACUUUUUUUGUUUUAUGCCUUUGUGGAGCAAGGAAACUUUCCUUGUAUUUACAUGAUAACCAGUAAAAAUUAUUUGGGGGAAAAAUAAAACUGAGGGGAGCGGAAACAGCCAAAUACCAGUGCAACCACCACUGUAUGUUUCGUUUUCCUGGAAUGGGGAGGGGAUGCAGCAUGUUUCUGUGUGAUCACUGACAUGCACAAUGACCCAGAAUGCAACCCCAGAGAAAAAAGGGAGUUGUCUGUAUUUUAUUUUGAAAUAAUGGUACUUUUAUGCCAAUCCUUACACAUCUACAUUCUGUCCUAUGAGGCUUACUCCCAAGUAAGUAGAUACAGGACUGUAGCAUUUAAUACCAUAUCACACUUAAUUCUGAAGAGUGGUGCAUGUGCAUUAUUUAUGCAUUUCUGCAAAUAGAAGCUACAAAAAUGAAACAAAAAAAUUGUAUUUAAAGUUUACAGUGAUAUAACACAAAAUGUCCUCAAGACAUGAAAUGCCCUCAGACACAACACAUGUUUUGUUUUACAUUUUUUAAGAUAAAGACAGCCACUACAAAUGGUUGGUCUACUACAGAACUCAAGUACAAGUGACAAAUAUCAGAAAAGGAGAAUACAGCAUUAAAAAAGAUUGUCUCUAAUUUCAUUUAGGUUCAUCAGUUAAGGUCCGUGGACAACUUAUUUGUUGUUGUUAAAGAAUUCAAAGAUUAUCAAUUCAAGGAAACGAAGGUAGGUUGUUUCUUUCUCUCUUGCUCCCCACCUUGUAUGUAUCAGUAUGUAAAGAGGUAGCCUAGUUAGUCUCUUGCAGCAAAAAAUUGUUCGUCGUUGUUUUUAUUUUUGUGUAUAUGUACCCACCACUUUUGCUGCCUCUUUGACACAUCUGAUGACAUUGAUAUCCUAUGAAAGUAUUCUAAAGAACUGCAGAACAUUAUUUUCCUUCUGAACACACAUCUGUGCCACAUGUGGGAGUGCUUUUUAAAUACGGGAUAAUUUCAGUAGUUGUCUAAUUUCAGUAGUUGUCUAUGUGAUAUGAAGGUGUGGUGAAUGGGGUUGAAAGCUUAAUGACAUACACGAACCAUUUCACAUACCUAAACUUCCACCAUGGUAGGCCCAAUCUCUAAUGUGCCGUAUCCGCAGCAGGGCAGCAGCUGCUCCAGAUAAACUCAGCUACUCUUCUGAAAUUUAGCAAACAUAGAAAAUAAUAGGUUGUAUUAAAUGACUCUUAUGGAUACUUUCUCCCGAUACGUUUUAGGAAGAAGCUCUAAAGGAUUUAGAAGACUUGGUUAAGAAACUGCCAUGGACGGACCCUUUGGAUGUGUGGAGGUUAAAUACAAGCCUUAAGAAAAGAAAAACAAGGCGGAAAAAGGGCAGUCAAACCAAUGCAAAGAAAGAGAAACAAGAGGAUGAUGGGAGCAGGGAGCAAGCUGUUGAUAAAAAAAUGCACGAACCUGUGGAAAACGUUUUUGAGGAUACUGAUGUCCAAGACCCAGAAAAUACAGAUGAAAUUGUGCAACCAGGUGAUGAUGAACUGUCUGAUUCUAAAGAAGAAUUGACAUCCAAUGGCGAAAGCAAAAAUGGAUCAGGUGACUGCAAGAAGUGUGAAAUGAAAGCUGAGACACUGAAGUUCCGGGUAACAUGCAACAGAGCUGGUGAUAACCACAGCUUCAAAUCAAAUGAGGCGGCGAGAGAUUUUGGAGGAGCAGUGCAAGAUUUCUUUCAGUGGAAAGCAGACAUGACAAAUUUUGAUGUGGAGGUGCGGCAUACUUUUCUCCCCCCCCCCCAUUAAAAUAUUAUUACUAUUACUGCAUUAAUAGUAAGGGUGGGAUAAAAUAUGACAGAAUUUACAUGUUUUAGCAAUAAGCAGUAGUCUGCUUCUGACAUUACGAUGAAGUUCAUGUGAUCAAAGUUUUUGCUUAUGUGUGCUAUUAACUGCAAUUUUAACAUUAUGCCCUAACCCUAAAGUGGGGUUAUCUUAACAAUGGCUUAUUUGGAACAAGCUAGCUUCAAAAUCAUUAUAAUUAAGAUUAGCCAGGGCCUAUUGUAUUUGGACUAAAAGACAAGCUACAGUUAACAAAAAACAACAACAGAUCUUGCAGCUGUGUCAAAUGAAGAAAGGAGAGUGGGAGAGCAUUGAAGCCCAAGGCUCGCUGUGUUCUGUUCCCAUCAUGGAAAACCAUAGCUUUUCUUUAUCUUGAUGUCUGAACCAGCUCAAACUCAAAUGGAGAUGGCUAUGUUAGUAUUAAUUUAUGUUGAGAUUUCAUACUGGGACCACUGGUCACAUAUACUGGCCAGUCUAAAAUUACAUCUUUUACAUUAGAUAUAACGUAGCCUUCCCAGUUCAAGAGAUUUAGGGUUGGAAUGACUGACGAUCAAGUGCUGACUAAUGGUCUCAAGUUUGCCCAACUGCAAGAUACCUCAUUCUAUGUUACAAGGAAACAUAGUGGAGGUUGGAUAUAGUGUUUCCUAUCUCACUUCCUUGUAAUCUGCAAAAGUGGGGUAGGAAGGAUAAAUGUUCUAAGAAUUAGUCGGAUUGCUGUAUAUUUUAGUGGUUGGCAUAUGUUUUCCUAGUUCCCCCCCCCCCACCUCAGACCCCACUUCACAUAGCAAAAAUACACCAGUGGAUGGUCAUUGCUUUCUUUGCAAGUGCCAACUUGAAUAAAAUAUUGUACCCCGCAUAAUCAAUCAUGUGACACAGUGCACACACACCAUUUGAAUGGCAAUGCCUAUCAACUUCGUGGGGGCCCAGCCCCCUCAAAUAUUUUAUUGUGGGGGCCAAAGCCCCCACAGCUCCUAGAAGUUGGCUCCUAUGACCUUAGGAUUUCUAAUUCAUAGAAUUCCUAGCCUGGGAUGUUUCAGCUGUUUACCUGUUUCAGCUAUCCUAUCAUAGCUGUUGGAAGGGACAGGUAGCGAAGGAUGAACUAGAUCCUGGGAGACUAAACAGAUUAUGUGGGUCAGAUUGUUCAUCUCCCAAGUAUAGGAGGACUAUGGAAGAUAGCGCUUUAAAGGAUAGAAUUUUGGAAAAUCCUACAUUAGCACUUCAGUGAAGUAGUCUUUUCUGUUUUUCGUGUAUAUAUCAUUGUUUACCUACAGUGAAGGGGAAUGUCUGUGCUAAAUGUAAGGGACUUUUACUCUAGGUUCUCCUCAACAUCCACAAUAAUGAAGUGGUAGUGGGGAUUGCCUUAACAGAAGAGAGUCUUCAUAGAAGAAAUAUUACCCAUUUUGGACCCACAACUCUUCGAUCUACUCUAGCUUAUGGUAUGCUCAGGUAAGGAAACUGGAACAGUUGCAAGAUCUCUUAAACCAUAUGUUCUCUGUUCAAACUUGUUGUGUAGCUGCAUGUUCUUCAUAUUCUGCUACUUUUAAACAUUAAACAGAGGGCCGCCUCAAUGUACCUUACAUUAGUGGGCAAUUAAGUAUUGUGGUCAGUUCCUGAGUGUGGAACUCCUUUCCUUUAGAAGUAAUCCUCCUCAAAUGAAAUACUGUUCCCCUUUUUAUAAAAAAAAAAUAUUUUAAUGUUUAAGUGUAUUAUUAUUUUUCUAUUACGUCCUACAGCCUAUAGGGACCAUAUUUAUGAAUUAUUAGUUACAGUAUGCUUGGGAUUUUUAAGAUCAGACAUGUAUUUGGCAGUGUCUUUUGUGUGAUUCACUAUUUUACACUUUGCCCUUGAUUUCUGCCCAGAAAUUCAAAAGAGGAACUUGGAUGUAUUUUUCAAAGAAACAGCAUUGUUUUCUUUUUUUAUGUGUGUUAUAAUACUUUUAUAUUUUGCCUUUGUCUUUAUUAUACAAACUUUGGUCCUAAUUUUGUUUAGGCUUUGUGAUCUUCAGCCAGCGGACAUCAUAAUUGAUCCAAUGUGUGGUACAGGUGCUAUACCAAUAGAGGUACUGUAGCUUUUUAUCUUUUCAGUUUUAAAGUAAAGCAUAAAAUACCUUACCCAGCUUGGGUUGUAACCCUAUACCCACUUAUCAGGAAGUAAGUACCAUUAAAUGCAGUGGUACUAGGUUCUUCUUAGACAUACAUAGGAUUGCACCAUGUCUACUGACAAUCUGGGGCAAAGCAGUCUGAUGGGCAGGGUGCAAAUAAUAAAAUUACUAUUAUUAUUUAUUAGUAGUGAUAUCUUCAGAUUUGAUAGUAAGCUACGAAACAGCCUAAUCCCUUGAAGUCCCAGAAAUGUCCUGGCAUGUUGAUGUAUUAUUGCAACACAUUGUACAGUUGAGGCUCAGGUAUCAAACGUGAUCCAUGCGGGAGGCAUGUUCGCAACCUGCAGUGCCGCGUCUGCACAUGCAUGGGUUGCAAUUUGGUCUUAUGCGCAAAGCGCGAUUGCCAAAGCCCGGAAGUAACCCGUUCUGGUACUUCCGGGUUUUGGUGCGCCCAUAACCCAAAAACAUGCAACCUGAAGUGUCUGUAACCCAAGGUAUGACAGUGUAGGAUUUGGUGUACUGGAACGUAAGGGUGACAGCAGUCUUAAACAUCUCUACAUGGAAAUCAGACUGGGUUCAAAGGGAUUUACUCCCUUGUUUGAUUAGGAUUGUAGACUUCAAUUCCUUAUGCUGUGUUGUGUAAACAAGAUGACCAAAUAAGUUUCGCAUCCCCAGGAUAGCAUGAUGUAUAAACCAUUUCUACUUCAACAACUAUGAUUAAGUAUAAGUGCUUGGUCAUCUUUAAAGUAGUCUUGGAAAUCUUUGUAGCACCCCUAGGAGAUAGGCCAGUAUUACUGCAGUGCUGGUCCUGUAUAAGAUCCCACAGCUCAAUUUGGGAGGUAUUUUCAGCAGGUGUCAGAUACAGAAUUUUCUCUCUACCUGUUGCAACUCUCUGGCUUAAAGGUGUAAAGGACUUUCCAGAAUCUAAGCAAGGUGAAAGAACAAUUUGCUCUCCUCUGAGCUGGGAUCACAGUGUGGAAACCUCAUCUUGGUUAGCUUGGGCUUUUGUCUAACAAUCCUCCCUCCCACAAAGGGAAUAGUGUCUUAGCUGCUAUGCAGAGACAUAGGGUAAAAAUUCCAGUCUAAAGUCAUUUUAGGUGGGUGGAUUGCUCAUCUGCUUUCUGUUUGUUUGACCCUUGGGAUUUCCUUGGCACUACAGCAGAGAAAUCCCCACCCCCUUACUUGGGGUGGUGGACUAAGGAUCAGUUCCCCUUCUGAUAAUUUGUGCCAUAUAAUGCAUUCAUAGAUGUUAUCUCCUAGAAUUAGAUUUCAGUUGGGUUCUUGCAUUGCUGCUAAGUUUGCUGUUUCUUUCUCAUUGAUAGGGGGCUACUGAAUGGCCUAACUGCUACCAUAUGGCUGGGGAUAACAAUCCACAGGCUGUGAAGAGAACAGCAAAUAAUAUCGCCUCUUUACUGAAGCAAAUUCAAAGUAAAGAAAGGUGGGAAUUAAGUACCCAGUGGUGGUUUAUGCCAUAUAUUUGUUUUGCCGUUUGUUCCAGUAACUUUUUCAUAGUCACUUAGAUAUUUUUUUAAAAAAUUUCCCAGUUCAUUAACUUGGGCUUGUUGGUAUGGUAUGAAAAAUUUCUUCCAAGUAAUAACUCCUUAACUUAUCUAGUUUUUUGUUCUUAACAGCACACCUGCAGGCAAACCUAUAGAUAGUAUUCAGUGGGAUAUCUGUAGUCUACCUCUGAGGACUGGCUCUGUGGAUGUCAUUGUAACAGAUAUGCCAUUUGGAAAGAGGUAAAUGAUGGGUGUUUUACAGCUGUGCUUCUGAUCCAGAGCCUUACAGGUACAAUGAAGCUUCCAAACUAGGAAGGAAUUGCUGGAUUUGAGUGUAGAGAACUGCAUUGUAGAGUUACCAAGUUGAAAACGAUCGCAUUUCUAUAGGUCUCCAUCUCUGCUCAGCUGAUGGUCAACAUAUCUUUGGGUCUUGAUCUUUAUUCCUUUUUCUUUCUUUUUACAAUUUUUUAUUAGCUCCAAUAAAGUAAAUGCAUAAAUAUUUGGACAAACAGUCAUAAUAUUGCAACAGGCUGAAAGCAGCAUAACGUUGAACAUUAUCAUUAAGCUUAUUAUUCCAAAAUAUUAUGAAGAAAACCCACAAUUUUUCUAUGAACAGAUUAGGCUGGUUCAUAUGUAUUCUUUUAUAAUAAGUUAAUGUAAUCAUUGUUACUAUAGACCAGAUUUUUUUUCAAACCAUGCACAUAAAGUAGGAGAUAAACAUUUUUCCAGAUUUUGGCUAUAACAUUCACAGCAGUUACAAGGUUGAAUAAUAUUUCUCAGCCAUUUUCCUGGACAACAUCAUGCAGAUACCCAAGUGACAUAUUUUAACUUCUAAAGGUAUGUGAUAUCCCAACAUACCAGAAAUGUACCCUGUACAAAUUUCAAAAAAGUUUGUAUUUGAGAGCAGUUUCAAAAGGUGUGUACAGUAGUACCUUGGUUUUCUAACAUCUCCGUUGACAAACAUUUCAGUUUUCGCCGUAAGUCCGGAAGUAAAUAAAUCGGUUUCCGAAUACGCCUCGGAGGCCUUGCUGUCGGCUAUUGAGUUUUCGGUUUUCGAACGUUUCAGAACUCAAACUGUCUUCUGGAACAGAUUAUGUUAGAAAACCGAGGUACCAAUGUGUAUAUAUACCUUGCUUUGCUCGAUCCGCAUCACCAGUGUUUAUCUGAUACCCACUUAUAUAUGAAGUUUCUUUUGUGGGGUGUUAAAUAGCACUGAUGGGAUGCGGGUGGUGCUGUGGGUUAAACCACAGAGCCUAGGACUUGCCGAUCGGAAGGUCGGCGGUUCGAAUCCCCGCGACGGGGUGAGCUCCCGUUGCUCGGUCCCAGCUCCUGCCAACCUAGCAGUUCAAAAGCACGUCAAAGUGCAAGUAGAUAAAUAGGUACCGCUCCAGCGGGAAGGUAAACGGUGUUUCCGUGCGCUGCUCUGGUUUGCCAGAAGCGGCUUAGUUCUGCUGGCCACAUGACCCGGAAGCUGUACGCCGGCUCCCUCGGCCAGUAAAGCGAGAUGAGCGCCGCAACCCCGGAGUCGGCCACGACUGUACCUAAUGGUCAGGGGUCCCUUUACUUUUACCUUUAAAUAGCACUGAUAAAUGGUCUUAAAAUAAUUAUUUGGAUCUGCUGAAAUGCAAUUCCAUUGUUUCCUAGUUAUUCUUUGACCUGAAUCUUGUUGCCAUUUUCUCAUGUAUGUAACCUCAUUCCAAUCUAAACCAAAGGUCAUAAAAAAAUCCAUUUGUUCUCUUCCUGGUUUCCCCAUAUUUAUGUACCGCGGAAGAGGUUGCACCUCUAAUUUGAAAGUAUUGGAACAAUAUGACUCUCUUUCCUUCCAUAACUCCUGUAACCCCCUCAGUGGUCAAAAUGACCUGACCCUGUAACAUCUUCUUUAUACACUAGUGGCCAAAAUUGUGGAAACCUUUUGGAGAAAGUGUAUUUCCGAGGUUUGAUGACUCAUAACACCACUUUUUACUUCAGUAAUACCAUAAAAUUAUAUAUCAAUGGAAAGAUAAUUUAAUGAAGAAUGUAAUGCAACAAGGUUUGGUUUGUUCAAUUAUCUUUAUUCUAUAAAAAAAUAUAGCCAAAUAACAAAAAAGGAGUGUUUAGAGAGGCAAUCAGGUAUCUCUUGUAAUGAAUAAUCCUUCACAAAAUUUAUUGCAUUACAUUCUUCAUUAAAUAACUUUCCAUUGAUAAAUAAUUUUAUGGUAUUACUCCAAAAAAAGUGGUGUUAUGCGCCAUCAGACCUCGGAAAUACACUUUCCCAAAAGGUUUCCACAAUUUUGGCUACUAGUGUACUUUUUAAACUGGUAUUUUGCCAUUGCUUUAAAUCAUUUAAGUACUGCAUUCCUAUUUCUGGAUUUAGAAAUUCAUUGUAAUAUUUAAUUAUUUUAUUAAUAAUACAUUCUGCAGUGAAAUUGUCUUAGAUAGGUUCAUAAUCUUCUUUAGAAAUGCGUGCGGAUUUCCAAGACAUUGUUGGGCCCAUUUCUUCAUCGUACAUGGCUGAUUUUCCAGGAUGGUAUUUAGUGUUAAAAUAUCUCCAUAAUCAAUUUCCCUUUUGCACCUUAAGAGGGGAGGAACAUUCCCUGCAAAUAUUCAGUAUUUGUUCAGGAAAUCCCUUGCUUUGAGAUGCUUAAAAAUUGCUUAUAAGGGAGAUAGAGGGUAGGAGCUAACAGAUUAUUCUACCGUCUACAAAUCUUUUUUGAAGUUUUGUUAAAUCUGAGAUUAUCAGGGUUCUACAUAACCAACCAGAUUCCAAACUGGAGACCUUAUUCUUCACUUGUAUUCAUGCAACCCUCUAUGCAAUGUUCAUUCAAUAAGUUAUUAAAAGCAAGGCAGUAUGAAAGGCUUGGAUUCUCUCCCCACUCCACCUCAUUAAUUUGAAAGGAGUUGCCGUUGAUUAAAUAUAUGGAUAAACUCACUACUAUGGGCAAGAAAUACUGGACAAUAGACUGUUUGUACUUCUAAGUUUCCUUUCUGUUGCUUCUCAAUUUCACUCUAGGAUAGGGUCUAAGAAAAAGAACUGGGAUCUCUACCCAUCCUGCCUUAUGGAGAUGGGCCGGAUCUGCAGACCAAGGACUGGCAGAGCUGUGCUGCUGACUCAAGAUAGGAAAUGUUUUGCCAAGGUAGGUAGUGGCUAGCUAACCCCCAGGCAUUUGUUAACAGUGCCUUUUGCUCUUCACUGCUGAAGGCAGGACAAUGGUAUUGCUGUUAUCUAGGAUAAAUACUGCCAGAACUGAAAAUCAAAUAUUCUUGUUUCAGUAUAGAGCAAUUUGCUGCCAUUUAGAAAAGACUAACACUCUUAUAGCAUUAUCAAUUUUCAUUGUUCAACUGGGUAAUAUAUAUUAUUCUAGAUCCCAAAUUGUGCUUUUAAACUAAGGAUAAAGGGCUCCCUACCCCUACCCCCCCAAAAAAAAGCCAAGAAGGGGGGUGGACAGAGGGAGAAACUGAUUUUCCUGGUACACUAUGUGUACUGACUAAAAAAAAGAGAGAGUUUCAGAUAGGGGCUGUAGUAAGUGACAUAAAGGCGCAUUUUCAAUAGCAAGUGAAAAUGGAAACAUAUCUGUAACUUUCAUAUCUGCUUGUCAAGAGAAACUUGCCACUCGUUUGCAUUUCAGGCCUUGUCAAAACUGGGACACCUAUGGCGAAAGUCUCACACCAUCUGGGUGAAUGUUGGGGGACUCCAUGCUGCUGUGUACCUUUUGAAACGCUCUGCAGAAAAAAAUUAAAGAGACAAGAUCAUACUGGUAACAUCUUGCUCAGUUUACUGACCACACAUGCACUCUUUCUGAGGGCUAUUUGUUUAUUGUUUCUCUGUGAUUCUGAGUCAACCCAUCCUUAUGAUAUUGAAUGGAGUAAAAAAAAUAGGAGCAAGUGAGCAAGCUUGCUGGCCCAAGGAUCAGUUGUGUCAUACCUAACUAGAAACUCUUGAAGGAGUUUUCAGGGCUUAAAUAGAAAAGUAUAGCCAAUUUAGUAAUGAAACUAGUAACUCUUCAAUGUGCCUGUGAACCUGAGUUACUGUUUCAGUUUGGGUGCAAAUGUAUUUUUCGUAUUCAUAGAGCAAGUCAUCCUGUUUCCUACUACAGGACAGCUAAUUUAAGAUGAAAAUAUUUUGCCAUUGGAGAAGCACCUCCACGUUGUUUUGUUUAGUUGCCAAAAAUAGGCAACUAGUUUGUUGCUUCUGUUCAUUAUAGGAUAAGCUGUAUCCCAGAAUCCAUUUGUUCAGCAACUUCAGAGCUCAAUAGUGCUCCCUGUUUUCUCACCUGCUACCUCAAUUUAUGCCUCAGUUCACUUGUUUACUUUGAUCUGCCAUGUAUAUUGCUGAGAAUGUGUACUAUCAGCCUCAGCAUAUUUCUGUAGUCAUGGUUUUGAUUUGGAAUAAGACUUGAAAAAUGCUGUAAUAGCCUUCCCCGUGUCCUACUACUGUUGGUUUUAGACACAGGAUAGAUUUAGAUGAGAAUAUUUAGUGUGGUUGAAUUUAACCUGAUAAUAUAGCUAGUUAUGUCAUCUCUUAACAAAUAAUAUACUCAAAAGUUCCCUAACAGUAACCUAUAAUAAUGCUUAUGCACCAUCCAGUGACCAAGGUUUAUUACAGCGGUGUUCAAGAGAUGUUGCCAGUGGGUUGUGUCCAUUGUUUAUAUGUGUACUGAAACUGAUUUGUCAAAUUUUGGGAGCCUUUUCCUGUGAGCUUGAAAAGAAUAGCUAAAAUACUACUCUAAAAUAUAUGUUGAAUGCACUGUUCUUCAGUCUAGAAAGCAUUUAGGGGGAUGAAACAUAAUAUUAUACAUGCUUGAAAUUUUUAAUUCAGAUUUUGAGCUAAAUGUUUAGGAGGGCGAGAGGAAUUAAUGCUUGUUAGAUAAGAGAUGAGCUACAUGCAGCUGUAAAAGGCUAUGAAUGAAGUUCUUUCAUGAGAAAUAAAGCACCAGCACUGUUCCAAUUACUGUAAAAAGGUAGCUCUUUGUCAUUAGAACACUUUUGCCCUCCCAAGUUGCCAUUUCUUUCCUAUCUAUGGGGGUUACUUUGGUGUUUCUCACUGUUGUUGUAGCAUUUGAAUUUUGAUGUUAUAAUUUUACCUCUGUGUAAUAAAGUUUUUACCAGAGCU